AUGUUUGCAAACAUAGGCAGCAUAGAUGGGAUACUCGGCAUGGACUUUCUGCUCGCUACUAAUGCAGAUUUAUACCUGCGAAAAAUGGAAUUGUCCUUAAAUGGGGAGAACAUAAAAUUAAUGAAUAAUCAAGGCAGGAAACUAUGCAGGAGAGUGACGGUCGAGAAAACCACAAGAGUAAGCCCUGGCCAAGAGGUGUUGGUAAGGGGACGAGUGAAAGAAACACAAGGCGUUGGAAUAAUAGAACCAUCGGAUAGUUGUGAGGUUGGGCAGAAAGGCAUUUUGGUUGCUCGUGUGUUAGCAGAUGUAAAUCAAAAUUUGGUACCCCUGAGACUCUUUAACCCAGGUAAAGAAGAUGCAGUGAUUAAGGAAGGAACUAUGGCAGGUUACUUUACACCCGUAAAUGAGAACGAGAUAGACAACAUGCCUUCAAAGUGUACAGUAGGCACUGGUGGAGGAAUCGUACCAGAUCAUCUUCAAGACCUGUUUGAGAGAAGUAAACUUGAUGUAGACGAGAGUCAUCACGAAAUGAUCGCCAACUUAUUGAUCAAGAAUCAGGAUGUGUUUGCCAAAUCAGACACAGAUAUUGGACGAACGAACCUUGUAAAACACAAAAUCAACACUGGAGACACACAACCUAUAAGACAAAGGCCACGGCGAUUUCCAGCAGCAGAGCAACAAGAAAUCGACAGUCAAAUAGAAUCCAUGUUGGAAAGAGGAGUGAUUGAUCCGUCUGGAAGUCCUUGGGCAUCAAACGUCGUCCUUGUUAGGAAAAAAGAUGGGACUAAGCGGUUUUGCGUCGAUUAUCGGAAACUCAAUCACGUGACAAUCAAGGACGCUUACCCUAUUCCCCGAUUGAUGACUCUCUGGACACACUGA